AUGUUCCGGCUAAUUUCUGGAUACAGCAUUGCGAAGCAUCUGGGACGGAAAUUAUUUUUUUCGUUGAACGGUGGCGGUGAUCAAGCUAGGGUGCGAGUGAUAUUGGCGCGGAUAACGGCGACAUUUCCACGGACUUUUCAAGCCUACACUCUGUUCUCUCCAUGCAUUGAGUCGACAGUGGUACCGUUUGUUUAUGAUUCUGUGGGAAGACGAACAUGUUGCGUCUUUGCUGAUCCAAUGAGAUAUAGUAGCUAUAAUUCAAAAUUUCUCGUAUUGGACACGGAAUACGGACAAAAUGUCAGGUAUUUUGAAGAGAACUUGUCGGAAAUACGCGAAAUGUUCACGUUCGGUGACGAGGCUAAAGAGAGAGGAGACAACAUUGUUAACUGCAUGAAAAUAAAUGUUAGUGGGGCUAUAUGUAUACAUAUUCGUAGGACCGAUUUCUUGUUAUUCAAUGCAUCCUCGGAUUUUAACAAAACUCUAGAAGCAGCGCUUCAAAUUGGAAGUGAGCAUAGAAUUAACCGAUAUCUCUUGUUUGGUGACGACAAAGUUUUUAUGAACGAUUUGGCCGGAAAUCUGAUGAAGUAUGACAACGGUGGUGACGAAGUCAUAGCACAAAUAUCGGAUUACGAUGAAUUUGACGAAUUCUACGUAGCGUCCCGUGCAUGCGCUGCGUUCAUUAUCACUGCUCCCACAUCGACAUUCGGAUGGUGGUUGGCAUUUUUUACAUCGAACCAGGAAGCAGUAUACUACAUCAACGACACUCGACCGCUUAUGAGCAAAAAAGCUACAGAUGAAACUUUCCUGCGCUCGUGGAAAGCAUUUCCGCCGUGA